AUGGAAAGAGCCGCUGUCGCUGACACCAAGGAGUUCGUCCUCUGCUUUGACGGCACGGGAUAUAAAUUUCGAGGAGACGAAGCAGAUAGUAAUGUCCUCAAGAUCUAUAGAAAGAUGCUUGAUCGCAAUGACGCUCGUCAAUUCCAUUAUUAUCAGCCUGGUUUUGGGACGUAUACCACCUCAAUUUGGCAGUCCCAUCAAGUCAACGAGAAUCGUAUCAAAAGAUGGUUUUCAAAUACAAAGGAUGCCGCGGUGGGCACGACAUUUGACGAACAUGUCAUGGACGGUUAUAGGUUCCUCAUGCGCUUUUACUACCCAGGGGAUGGAAUCUACAUUUUUGGUUUUAGCCGUGGAGCGUAUGUUGCGCGCAUGCUUGCUGAAAUGCUGGACCAUAUCGGCCUGUUAGAGGCCGGGAACGAAGGCAAGGUCCACUAUGUUUGGUCGAUAUUCUCGAAGUGGGCGAAAUGUGUCAACCGGGUGGAUGCUAAACAGAACGAAAAAGAUGACUUAUACGAGUACAUGAAAGCCUUACGGGAGACUUUCUGUCGUCCGGUGUCGCAGAUACGAUUCCUCGGAUUAUUUGACACUGUCAAUAGCAUACCACGAUUCGAGGUGAAUCGUAAUAAGUUUUUGUUCCCUUUUACGGCAAAAACUUCGGCCAAAGUCAUUCGGCAUGCGGUUGCUAUCGACGAGCAUCGUGCUAAGUUCCGACAGGAUUUACUUUCAGAUGCCAAUCCAAACACACGGUCAACGCGACGCAAAUUACAGGGCCACCCGGAGCGACAAGGACAUCAUCAGCAAGGACAUUGUACAGGAGAGGCGUUCUAUCGACCAGCCACUCCUGUCCGUCCACGAAAUGUGAACCCUGGUAACCAGCGACCGGAUACACAGGUCCCAAAUUCGGCUAGAACACCAUGCGAAGCUGAGGAUGGUCCCCUCGAGGAAGACAAGGAUAAUCCUCAGGACAUCGAGGAGGUGUGGUUCGCCGGAUGCCAUACUGAUAUUGGCGGCGGAUUAAAUUUGGAUGAAGAUGAGGACCUGGCGCUGAGCCAUGUGCCGUUGGUGUGGAUGGUGCAGGAGGCGCAGCGUGCGGGACUUCGAUUUGAUCCCGAAAAAUUGAAGCUAUUCUACUGCUUGGAUGACUCAGCUGGCGAUAGUGUUCUUCCGCGUCAUCUGGAGCAGAACACUGGCAGCCAAAAAAAUGGAAAUGAUGGACAAGAGACAAGCCACGCAUCCGAUUUUAAGACCGCGCUCUGGAAGGCAACCACAAACGGACAUAUACAUGACUUCCUACAAUAUGGCCAUGGUGUCUCAUGGCCCACGGUUUUAACUUGGAAAAUAGUGGAGUACCUUCCGUUACGGAGGAUGGGUUUACAAAAUGAUGGAUCUUGGAGACCUGUUCGAUGGCCUCUUCCCCUUGGGGAAAGACGUGAUCUUCCUAAGGAGGCUAAGAUUCACGGAUCAGUCAUUCGCCGCAUGAAGGUCAAUCCAAAGUACAGGCCGGAAAACUUGCUCCAAGAUGAAAAAGGGAAGAAUAAGUGUCCUCUAGAGCAUGGAAUCGGUGCGUGGGAGGUACACACUCAUCGAGGCUGUGCAGUGCGAGAAACGUACCGCCGGAGGUCAAGUGAGACGAAGUAG